AUGAACACCGUUGGACCUUUGCACAACAGACAAGAGACAUACCCUUACUUUCAGUUACCCUUUUGUCAAGGACCACACAGCGUAGAACAUCACCAUGAAACUUUGGGAGAAGCCCUUCUUGGAAUGGAUUUGGUUAAUUCAGGCAUUCCGACACAAUUUAAAAUCAAUGAAGCAGAUAAAGCGUAUUGUGAACAAGAACUGGAGCCCAAAGAUGUGGACGUUCUUCGAUAUGCAGUCGAUAACCAAUAUUGGUACACCAUGUUUAUCGAUGACUUACCUGUAAGUGGAGUGGUAGGAAAAGAUGAAGAGGAGGAACAAGCGACAGAAACGGAUCCUCAUGCCAAGAAGCUUUAUGUGUAUACGCACAAGAGCUUCAUGUUUGAGUAUAAUGGAAAUCAGAUCAUUAGUAUAAGCUUAAAACAUGGCAACCCAGUAGAAUUAAAACACGGUUUAUCGCCCCUCACAUUCACUUACUCAGUCACUUGGAACCCUACGGAUGUCUUGUUUGAAAACAGAUUUGAAAGGCUUUUAGAAGCUGAUUUCUUUGAACACAAGGUUCACUGGCUUUCCAUCUUUAGUUCAUUCAUGAUGGUUCUAUUCUUGACGGGUCUUGUCUCUGUUAUCUUGCUGAGAACAGUCAAGAGAGAUUUCACUAGAUAUGAUCGAGAAGAAGGACUAGCCGACUUUGAUAGAGAUUUAGGUGACGAAUAUGGAUGGAAACAGGUUCAUGGAGACGUCUUUCGACAACCACCACGACUGAUGAUGAUGUCUGCCCUUAUGGGAACUGGUUCACAGCUUGUUAUUCUAUCAGCCGUUGUGAUCCUAUAUACUAUUUUGGGUGAUUUGUAUGCUGAGCGUGCAACUAUCUUAACAGCUACGAUCUUCUUGUACGCAUUUACUUCAUUUGUCGCAGGAUACACUAGUGCAAAAUAUUAUGCAAGAUAUGGGGGUAGAGAUUGGAUCAAGACAUUUGUAAUGACAGCGAGUCUCUGGCCAGGCGCUGUCUCGUUCAUCUGUGGGCUCAUCAAUACCCUAGCCAUCUACUACUCUAGCUCCCGCGCUAUCUCUUUUUACGCCCUUUUAUCUAUCAUUGCUCUUUGGAUAUUUAUAUGUUUCCCACUUACCCUUCUUGGAACCAUCGUUGGCCGUAACUGGGGAAGCCAAGCUGAUUUUCCAUGCCGUGUUAAUCCGAUUCCUCGACCUAUUCCGGAAAAAGUAUGGUACGCAGAACCUUUGGUCAUUGUAGCUCUAGGUGGUAUUUUGCCAUUUGGAUCAAUCUUUAUUGAGAUUUACUUUAUUUUUACUUCAUUCUGGACGUACAAGAUCUACUAUGUCUAUGGCUUUAUGCUGCUUGUGUUUAUUAUCUUAUUGAUAGUCUCUGCCUGUGUGUCCAUUGUCAGUACAUAUUUCCUGCUCAAUGCAGAAGAUCAUCGAUGGCAUUGGGUUAGUUUCAUGACAUGCGCUUCAACAGCUGGUUAUAUUUAUUUAUACUCUGUCUAUUAUUUUAUGACAAAGACAAGAAUGACUGGUUUAUUCCAAACAAGCUUUUAUUUUGGUUAUACAGCCAUCUUGUCCUUGGGGAUGUUUUGCAUGCUAGGUUUUGUCGGUCAUACAGCAGCUUCAAAAUUUGUACGUAAAAUAUAUCAAAAUGUCAAGAUUGAUUAA